GUCGGAUACCAAAUAGUACGCAUAGCGAACCUGUGCGUUACGCGGUUCGCGUAUCUAUCCAUUAGAUCGGCUGCUUCACUGCUUGUCUAUGUGCGCGUACACAACCGUGUUAAUUAGCAAAGGUGCCUUUACGUGAAAGUGUCGACAGUAUUCUACUGUAAUUCGCGUGAGAGACUGUGAGCUUAUAUUUUAGUAGUUUUUUAUAAUCUGUACAAAGUCCAAUGAAACAUUAUCGUAUAAAAGCAAAAGAAGAGGAGAAAAAGAAGGAAACGGGACUGUUAAAAUAAUAAAAUAAUAAAAGAAAUAUAGAAUUGUUUGAAAUACGAAUUAGAUUACGAUUUUUUAGUGAAAAGAAUAUCGCAAGAAUGCUGGUGCGAACAUACCGCAUUAUGAGCAUCAUCCCCGACGACUUCGAAGGUUUCAAUUAGGCGACGUAAUCAAGUCAAUCAAAACUUGUAACCAGCUUCGAGAACCUUCAACGAUGAUGCUGAAGGAGGGACGCGACGGCGGCCACGAACGAUAUUGUUGUCCAACAAUAAGAUCAUUGGGGAGUGAGCUCGAGAGACGAAAGAUAAGAGAAGAUCGUCAUCGAAUCGUCCCAAGCGUGUCGACCGAUUAAACUAGCUUUUUACCGUGAAUUUAUAAUUCCGGCUGUGACCCGAGGGAAUUUCGCGCGGAAUAAUAUAAAUUUACAUCAUGGGGAAUGGCAUGAAUAAGGUUCUUCCCGGUCUUUACAUCGGGAAUUAUCACGAUAGUAAAGAUGCAGACCAAUUGGAACGGUUUAAAAUUACACAUAUUCUGGCGAUUCACGACACAGCUCGUCGAUUGCAUUCUGACAAACAUUAUCUAUGCAUAUUGGCGGCGGAUAGUCCAGAUCAGAAUCUAUCUCAGUAUUUCUCUUUGUGUAACGAUUUUAUUCACGCUGCUCGCUUACGCGGUGGAAACGUCCUAAUACAUUGCUUAGCCGGUAUGUCGAGAAGCGUUACAGUAGCAGUGGCCUAUAUUAUGACUAUCACCAAUCUUUCAUGGAAAGAGGCACUUAAAGUUGUCAGAGUAGGUCGUUCCAUUGCCAAUCCAAACGUCGGUUUUCAGCAACAGUUGAAAGAUUUCGAAUCCAGUCGAUUGCACGAGGAACGACGUAGGUUGAAACAACGAUUCCCAAGCCUGGCGCUCGCGGAAUCCGAUGCAGAAGUGUGUCGCACUACUUUAGGAAAUUACGAAACCAUGGCACUGGCACGAGAAGUGUGCGAGGGAAAAUGUGCCAUGGGCCGUCCUUGUCCGACUGGACUAUGCAGGCAAUCUUCCAAAAGAAGUCCAAGAAGAAAGUCAUCCACAGGCAGUACUAGCAGCUUAAAUACAGGCAGAACUCCGCCGCAAACACCAAGAAUGCUGCCAUCCGCACCACCUUCACCAGCUAUGCAUCGAUCAGCCAGCGUGCUCUCAACAGCGAGACCAAGAAGUGGUCCUGCUGGUUUGCAUUAUUAUACCGGGGGAUCUGCACCUCCAUCCAGAGCGGUGUCGAGGGUUGACCUAUCAGCUGCAGUGGCUUGCAGCAGUAGUAGCACGAGCCUAACAUCGGUAGGCAGAUCAGGGAUGUCCAGUAGUAAUUGGCGAUUAGCGGCUAGGUCCGCACCAAACACACCGAGGCCGACGCCACCGGUUUCUCCGCAACGUUGGCCCAGACGAGCAUCUACUCGACAAACACCCCCUUUACCAAUAUCGCCGGAAACUCCUUCGACAACGACGUAGUACUUGCGGAAAAUUGCUUCGUUCUCGACUUUACCCGAGUAAUCUGAACGUCGAUUUAUUUAGCGACAUCAGUUAUUGCCUGACAGCACCCUACAAUCAUCGUUAGUGAUGUCUGACAAUGUAUUAUGCUAGUGUAUUGGCAGAAACCUAGUAUUUCGUUGCGAUUGUGUUGCACAAUAGAAAGAGAAAAAUGUUGAGAAAAACAUUGACAAAUUUUCGAUAACGGAGCAAGCACAUAAGUAACUUAAAUUUUCGCAAAACGAUGCCUGAUCGUGCGAGUUUUUCUAAAAACAGUCUUUCAGCGAACCGCUUUCAGCGUAACUGCACCGUCACGAGGACGCAAAGAUGCUUUAAAAAUGUACGAAUUCGGAAAUCAUGUCAUUUUUAAGUACUUUACCAGCUGGCUGACAGCGAAGAGACUAAACGAAAAGCUUUAUUAUAUAUAUUUCACCGGUCGAAAGUUAGAGGAUACUUGUUUAUUGAUUGUAUGAAUGAUUAAAGCAUGGGAAAAAAGUUAUGCCAGCUAAUACAGCAAAAUGCUCGUAACGUCGCGUUUGUAACUGAAUCGAACGUCAGACGCGAGAAACCGCACAAAAAUACGUAUAAUCUUUUCGUCGAAAGCGAACGUACGAAAUCGAAAUUCGACAAUUAUCAUGAGCCGACGUUCGAGCGGCGGCGAUUAUAUUUUGAAAACACGUUUGUUCGCGUGAGAAGGAAUCGCGUACCGAAUGUUCGAACAUUUACACAAAUAUUAACCGACGCGAUAUAAUGAUUUGAAACGCGCGUGAUAGCGAUCAUCGACAAUCUUGCGUACGAUUCUAGAACUCUUGUUAAUUAACGUUUUUUUAAGGCGUACAAUGAAAGUUUAUAAUUUACGAUGAAGCUACUAAGAGUAAUCGAUCAACCGAACAAAACAAUUUACUCGUAGAGAUAUCUCGAUUACUUUCCAAACAGUAACGUUACUAUCCAAGAAAAAAAAAAAAAAGAUGGUAGAACUCGCUGUUAGAGAUACAGAAAAUCAUCGCAUCCGAAAGGAACGCAUUUAAUUCUCGUAUUCGUUGCACGAGUAAUUCAAUCCCAUCAAUAAAUUCACGUCGAUCGGUUGUUGCGAUACAUAAUGAAAUUGGGCAUCUGCGUUUUCUUCAAUUCGUUCAACUGUAAAUCAAUGAUUUAAUAAUUGCGUGCAGAAUUUUGUUACGACGCGUUCUUCGAUCGUUGAACGCGACGAAUCGCUUUGAAUCAUUAAAACAGAUAUUAUUUUGCUUCAUCGAUUUAGAGCUUAAUCGCGAUGUUUGAUAUUUGCCUUCAGGAUUUCUAGAGAUGCCGUUUACGAGAAAGUAAAAAGAAAUGGAAAUGGUAACCGUUCUCAGAGUUUAUGUCGUUUUAACAAAGCACGAUGAACGGAGUUAUUGUUAACAUCGAGACUAACGUUUAAAAAAUUCUCUACUAUUCGAACGAAACAGCGAGAAGAGCAAGAAGAGCGCGAGCCGUUGUUCCUCGAAUCGUUGCAUUGAGUUUGUUCGCAACCGUCCAUUGCAGUUGUUGGAUUUGUAGCGAAAACCACGCUGUUUAGCGCAAAUUGUUAAUCUAAAGGGAAGCAUAUUACAUAUACAUAUACGCGCAUACACAUGUAUUUAAAACGGUGCGUCGAUGAAAGUAUUUUAUGCACACUCUAGCCACCAACUGAUUGAAAGAUAAUUACCUUCUAAAUGCUGAUCGUAUAGAAAAAAAGAAAAAAAAAGAAGAAAAACAAGAAUACUUUCUUUAAUUUUUCAUAGUUUUGUCGCACAAUAUUAUUCGAGGCAAUUAAUUCGACUCGAUCCCAAGCGCACUAUACAACGAUCUUUUCUAAACCGCAAAUGAGAGACAGAAAAAAUAAUAGAAACGGCGUGUAUAUUAAGUUGUAACAUAAAUUUAUCCUGUUUUUAUUAUAUUACCAAGCGGAAAAUGCUACAAAGCGAAAAAAGAUGUUACAACUUAAUACAUGAUAUGUUAAGAGCGUCUCGUUUUCAGACGAACAGGACAUAUAUGUGCAUAAAAUUCGACUUAUCAUCGUACACCUUGUAUGCAUAUACACUUUGUAGGCAUACGUUGUUGCAAAAGGAUUUCAGAAAAUUUUAUAACUUGUUGGCAAAUGGUGAUUAUUAUGCGACUAUGUCGUAGAUUAGAUAGACAAGUUGUUAUUCUUUCGUGCACCGAUGCGACGUACGAUUCACACGACGAGUGAGAGAAUAGCAAAGAGUUCGCAAGCGGAUCUCCGAUAUCAUCCCUCCUAUCAUCGAAGCGUAUUUUUCUUCGCAUAAUAGAAACAUUUAUUUUUCUAACAUCAUUCGACUUAUCAUAGAUUUACGAGAAUAAAGUAAAUAAAUAAAUUUUAGAGGAUAGGCAUAAUGUGCGCAGUUAAAAAGUAUAAAAAAUGCGCUCGUUUCAUUCGAUUUUUUAGCGUUGUUCAAUCCAGAAAGUGUUUUUAACAGUUUCGUCGGAGAUCUAUCGACUGAAAUUGUUAAACUCAUUUUCUUAAUGUAAGCUGUGCUCUUUUGAAUAAUCUGAUCAUUAGAGCCUGUCCGAACUGAUAGAAAUUAAACCGAUUGCUCAUUUCGCCUUGUAGUUGCAUAGUUAUUAUUUAUUAUUGUUGAUUGUUACGUUAAAUAGAGUUUGCAUGUUAUUAAAGCAAUAACGUAAAAUAUAUUCUAGCGACGGAGAUUUAUUCAGUCAGCUUCAGUGAGACUAGCCAUCAUUUCGAUCAAUUCAAAGGAGUACAGAUAUGAUAAUGUUAACAAUUCAAAAAGUAUUUUUUAUAAACUUAUUGUUUUCAAGGUUUUGCUCGAUAAUAACACAUAUCGCUGUUAUAUUAAUUAAAUAUAUAUACAUGUAUACACCGGUACACACAACGCUUGACCAUUUAAAUACGAAAAAAAUUAAUAAUAUAUAUUUGUAGAGAACAAA